AUGGCAGCAUCUAGUGGGGACCGCCCCUUUCAACAGCAGUUCUUGCCUGGUGUGCACAAGGAGCCGAGCCUCGUCGUUUGUGAGUCAAAUUAAGAGUGGUCAUCAAGAACAUCCGUAUUUUUUCAGCUGAAACUAGUCAUUCGCCCGACUGGUUAUCAGCCACAUCUUCCGUCGAUUGUUGGCCGGGAUAUUUGAAUACAAAGUGGGUUAAUUUUCCGUGAAAACCGAAAGAACUUUGCCGUUUUUCAGAGAAUCGUCCGUCACAGAGCAGGGUCCCAAGAGAGAGUCGAUAAUUUGCGAGAUGACGGACCCGAAGACCUGCUCAUACGUCCCAGAGGUCCCCCCGGAGAAACUAAGUGCAGUGAAGGCAAAAUGGCAAGAUCCACGGCUCUGGAGGUCCUAUUCGAAUCCGGAUUUACUGAUAACCAUUAGCCCACUGGCCUACAGAGAACCACAAAGCAGCCGACAAGGUUCAACAAUUCUUGGCAUCUUCUGGAUAUUUUCCUUUCCUCCUUUCAGAUCUUGCAGUUUGUAGUGAAGUGUUGACGACGGUGGAAACUACAACCAACACGACAACUACGUCACAUGAGGACUUCAUCCUCGUGGAUGCGGUGCAGACGGAGCAAGAACUUGCUGCUCUUUGCGACGCUUCGAUGCCUCUGGUUGACAAGAAGUGAGUUUUCGGCCCUGCCGCCGUCAUCGCAAUCAAUUUUUACAGAGAUUCUUCUUCAACUGCAACAAACUCACCGGCUCGUCAGAUCAAGAAGAUCGAAAAUGGGCUGAGUUUCGAAAACGUCGUCUCACUUGUCAGAACCUUUCCGUCAAUUAUCAACAAGUUCCUGAAAAAGCCGUGGUACGCGUCGCGCGCCGAUGAAGUUUGCUUGUUUCCAAUGGAAGAGCUCGGACACUACGACAUUGUCACCACAAUUAGGGACAACGAACACUUUGUAAUAGUCACCGGGAAGCUGACCGUCGAGGGACAGGUUGCCGACAACCAAUUCCAUCUUGUUUUCGCACCGGUCGGCUUCUCCGAGACGGUCCCAGCUGGUGCGAGACCGUUCAGUUUGUGUCGUGCUUCCGUUCGAUCCGAUCUCAUCGACCUUUUGAAUCUUUGCGACGAGAAAUCGUUUCUGUUCACAUCCCUGGACAGGACACGAGGCGAUGCCCGUUCCAAGAUCGAGGAGCUGGUCAUACAGAUCCGCCUGAAGCCCCACUACCACUUGAUCCACAUUGCAAUUGCCACGGAUCGAUUGGAUGUAUUCUCGGACGAGCUGAUCCAGCAGAUGAACGAAACUGUCGAACCGUUCCGAAGGUAUUCACCAAUUUUCAUCAAUCCAUAACUCAAUUCUCAUUCAGCCAACUUCGUUAUCUCUGCACCACCGAAAACUGCUAUCCAGUUCACUUGGCUCUGGCCAUGGAUCGUCAGAAGAUUGUGGAGCGUCUUCUCGAAAUCGAUCCAUCUCUGUUCUGCGAGACGGACCCUGCCGGCAACAAUGUCUGGCAUCACGUUUCGAGCAAUUUUUGCGCUCAGGUCAGUUACUGUUCUCAAUUUGAAAGUAUAAGAAUGGUUUUUCAGACGAUUUGGGACAAAUUCCCCGAUUCACACCGCCUGAUCGACAAUCGCAACAACCACUUGCAAAGCCCGCUGAACGAGGCGGUGAGUUCCGCCAAACCGCUCGUUGCCACAUUCCUUAUCGGAAAAGGCGCCAAAUUCACCCAAGGCGAUCGAAACGAAUUGUUUGUGGCGAUGGCGUCGAAGAAUGCGCAGAGUGUCGUCGAGGUUGUACUGACGGACAAACCGGAAAUUGCGCACGAACGGGACGCCCUGGGGAAUAGUGCGAUUCACGUGGCGUUGUACAAAGAGUCGCUGAAUGCGUUACUCAAUAGGAAGAACGAGCUGGGAUUGGAUAUCAAUGUAAAGAACAAGGCAGGAGAAACCGCACUUUUGCUGUUCAUCACAUCCCGGAAGGUAUGGAGAAACAUCAUCAAAAACACCGCAUUUCACUUCCGCUUCCUUUUCAGCCGGAUUUAUUGCCACUUCUCGUCACUCUCUACGCUCACGGGGCCGAUCUCAACGCGACAGAUCCUCAUGGAAACACGGCCCUUCACAAAUCGGCGGCUCUUGUCGACGCAAAGAAGAUCAGUAUUGAGGUGAGAGGUCAGCCUUCAAACCAUACUCAAAACGGAAUUUCAGUGCGUCAAGUUCCUGAUCUCUGCCGGGGCGGAUCCGAAUAAGAUGAACGUUCGUGGAGAGUCACCGAGGCACUUGGCAGCGUCACUUCAAAAGUAAGAGUCUCCCACACUCCACUCCACUUCACAUUUCGAGUGGUUGAAACUUGAAACCAAAAUCAAAUCCAAUUUUUUUCAGUCAGGAAAUGCUCGCGAUUCUCAAAGCCGCCGGAGCGAAACGAUGUCCGAGGGAAAACAGAGGUUGCCUCUACCAUUGUCGCUCGGACGACUCGUCUCCAGAUGAAGAGUACACCGCCACACUCCAGAACCUGCACAUCGGACUGGAGUCGGAUUACGAGAAGACCAAGUUCACAAGAUCGGAGAAGUUGAACAUUAGUAAUGUUCUUGGCGGGUCUCGCAAGAGUCGGAAGCCAAAGGUCAACUUGAUCUCGAUGGAUGGCGGUGGAAUUCGUGGCUUGGUCAUCAUUCAGACCCUGAUCGCCAUCGAAGAACGUCUCGGUGACAACAUCUUUAAGUACUUCGACUGGUCCGCUGGAACCUCAACUGGCUCACUCAUUAUGGCUGGUUUGGCCACCGGAAAGAGCCUCAGGGAGAUGCAGCAGACGUAUUUACUACUCAAAGACAAGGUGUUCGACGGAAUUAUCCCUCCAUACGACACCGUGCAACUCGAGAAAUUCAUCCAAGAACAGUUUGGCACGGGAACAGUCUGGGACAUACCGUAUCCUAGACUGAUGAUCAGUGCAGUCAACUCGGAGAAGUUGCCAGUUCGUCUGGAGAUGGCUCGCAACUACAAACCAGCAACCGACGUGGCCCCGGAGACACCGAAAGAAAUGCCGCUCUGGAUGGCUCUCCGUCGGUCGACAGCCGCUCCUGUCCUCUUUAAACCAUCCGAAGACCGCUACAUCGACGGAGGCAUCAUCUCAAACAACCCGGCACUGGAUCUGAUGAGCGAAGUGCACGCUUACAACCGUGAACUUCAGUUGUCCGACCGGAAGAGCAACACGGUGCAGAUGAAUGUGAUGGUCUCACUGGGGACCGGCCAAAUUCCGUGCACUGUGAUUGAAACGCUGUCAAUCGAUAGCAACUCACCGCUACAAUCGAUCAAGACCAUCAAGAACUUGGCGGCGAUGUUCAUCGAUCAGGCAACGGCGUCGGAGGGAGCUCCAGUGGCUAGAAGCCGGCAAUGGGCCGACUCGUUGGAAGUGCCGUUUUUCCGCUUCUCGGCGCCACUUUCAAAGGUAAGACGAGUGUGAGCGGUAACCAGGGCAACGCAGCAACUCCCCAUUAAGCCAGCUAACAACUAUAUAUGUAUUACGUUUCAGAACAUCUUCCUGUCCUCAACAAGCGACCUAGACGUGUGCACAAUGAUGUGGGACUCGUUCAUCUACUGUCGGAAGCAUCGUGAUUACAUUGAUCAGUUGGUACGAGUGCUUAAACACGACUCGGAUCACCCGUACAAAAAGAGCCCAUUCACAGAGCUCUAA